AUGCCUCGUCUAUUCAUUUUCUCGUUACUCCUCGUCACAGUCUUGUCUCUUCAAUUAGAUCUAAGCUCAAUAAGCGUAAAGGCGGCACUAAAAGGAAUCAUUGAUGAUAUAAAAAUUGAUGAUUUCAAUAAAUUCGCUAAAAAAUUUAAAAAAACGUACAACUCAUUGGAGUUGUUGAAGGAGAAAGCGAAGACUUGGAAAGAGAAUAUGGAUUUCAUUGAAAAGAUAAAUAACGAAAAGAGAGGCUAUGAAGUGGGCGAGAAUUUCUUCACUGAUUUGGAUGACAAUGAGCGAUCGAAGUAUUUAAUGGAUGCAAAGAAUCUCGAUGAUGCCAAUCAGCCGAAUCAUCCCAUUCUUCGACGAGCUAAAAGAGGCGCUGAAGUUCAGUAUGUGGGUGAAUUCGUUGAUUGGCGUGGUCCAUUCAUGCCGGCGAUCAGAGAUCAAGGAGCAUGUGGAUCGUGUUAUGCUUUUGCUGCAAUCAAUGCGAUCGAAGUUCAAUGGAACUCGCUCGGAAAUCCUUUCUCCGAAUUCUCCGAACAGUUCGAUAUCGAUUGUAAUCCAUCAACUUACUCAAAAGGUUGUGAUGGCGGUUUUGACUGGAUAGUGAUGAAUUAUGCUUAUCAAAACGGAUCGGUGCCACGUGCUGCCUAUCCAUACACGGGCGUCGAGGGAACUUGUAAGAAUGAUACGGGAACUUGUAAGAAUGAUACGGAAAGGCUAAACAUUGUGGCCGCUUGGUACACUUUGCGAUCGGUGGCUGAUGCUGAGUACUACGUCUUUCACAAAGGGCCCGUCAGUUUUGGUUUCUACGUUGAACCAUCUUUUCUCUCAUAUAAAUCGGGCAUCUACAAUCCACCAAUCGGCAAUUGUUACAAGUACAAUAAUAUAGGCGGUCAUGCGAUGACGAUCGUUGGAUUUGGCUCAGACAAGGGAAUUCCCUAUUGGAUUGUGCGCAAUCAGUGGGGUGACGAUUUUGGAGAGGCUGGAUAUAUCAGAAUGCGAAGAGGUGUUGAUGUUUGUAAUAUGGAGACAAGAGGCAUCAAUCUUCCAUGGGUACACGGACAAACUGAU